UCGGCUCCAAAAACAGUAGGAAUGAGAGAAGAAAGCUGGACCAGAGUUGUUGAGAACCCAGUGAAGCUGAGAAACAAUGUCCUUCAUAUUCCGAGAGCAGUUAUCCGUGCAUGCAUACACGGUAAGAUCCCAAGGAUUAAGCUUAUCGAUCGCGACAACAAUGUUCCUUAUUAUUGUGAGAUGACAAAGAGGGAAGACACUGUAGACCGGUAUAUCUUUGGUGGAUGGACUGACUUCUGCAAAGACCGCAACCUUCAGAAAGGUGACACCCUACGUUUCAGUAUCAGAUAUCCUCCGGUGGAAGAGAUCUCUGUGGCGGUCCGACGUGGAAAAGCUUAGUGUAUAAGUUGUUUAUUUAACUGAUCGAGCAGCAUAGUUUAAUACUUUUUGGACAGAUGUUAUGUCAUUUUGGUUGUUAUCUUUUUUUGGGCAAGACUUAGAAUUUGAGAGUAAUUUAUAUUUUGUUCUGACAGUAUUAUUAUGGGGUGUAAUGUUUAUGU